GAGGGAGGCGCAUCCAGCGGCCCCGGCGGCGGCGGCGGGGGGCCCGGGUCCGCACUCCGCGGGCGGCCGGCGGGCGCGGGCCGGCGCGAUGGAGCCGCGGCACGUGCGCCCCGCGCCCGGCGCCCGCAGCCCGACCUGGGAGGAACCGGAGUCGGACAGGAUGGCCGGGGCCGGCGGCCAGCACCACCCCCCGGGAGCGGCGGGAGGAGCGGCAGGCGCCACGGUCACCCCCGCCACUGUCCCGGCGGGGCCCGGAGACGACUCGUCCGACAGCGAAGCGGAGCAGGAGGGACCCCAGAAGCUGAUCCGCAAAGUGUCCACCUCUGGGCAGAUCCGCACCAAGACCAGUGUUAAAGAGGGACAGCUGUUGAAGCAAACCAGUUCUUUCCAAAGGUGGAAAAAGCGAUACUUCAAACUUCGAGGUCGUACACUUUAUUAUGCAAAGGACUCAAAGUCUCUGAUAUUUGAUGAAGUUGACCUCUCAGAUGCCAGUGUAGCUGAAGCAAGCACAAAAAAUGCUAACAACAGCUUCACGAUAAUCACUCCAUUUAGAAGACUAAUGCUGUGCGCUGAGAAUAGGAAAGAGAUGGAGGAUUGGAUCAGCUCACUGAAGUCUGUACAGACCAGAGAACCUUACGAGGUGGCCCAGUUUAACGUGGAACAUUUCUCAGGGAUGCAUAACUGGUACGCGUGCUCCCACGCCCGACCUACUUUCUGCAACGUGUGCCGAGAAAGCCUCUCUGGAGUCACCUCCCACGGCCUGUCCUGCGAAGUGUGUAAAUUCAAGGCUCACAAACGGUGUGCAGUGAGGGCAACAAACAACUGCAAGUGGACGACCCUGGCCUCCAUCGGGAAGGACAUCAUCGAGAACGAGGAUGGGGUGGCUAUGCCUCACCAGUGGCUCGAGGGUAACUUGCCCGUGAGUGCCAAGUGUGCUGUCUGCGACAAAACGUGUGGCAGUGUUCUCCGUCUUCAAGAUUGGAGAUGCCUUUGGUGUAGAACGAUGGUACACACUGCCUGUAAAGAUUUAUAUCAUCCUGUAUGUCCACUUGGCCAAUGUAAAGUAUCUGUCAUACCUCCAAUUGCACUAAACAGCACUGAUUCUGAUGGUUUCUGUAGAGCAACGUUUUCAUUCUGUGUUAGUCCUUUAUUGGUUUUUGUCAAUUCUAAGAGUGGAGAUAAUCAGGGAGUAAAGUUUCUUCGUCGAUUUAAACAGUUACUAAAUCCAGCUCAGGUGUUUGAUUUGAUGAACGGCGGUCCUCAUUUGGGUUUAAGAUUAUUCCAGAAGUUUGACAAUUUCCGGAUUCUUGUUUGUGGAGGAGAUGGAAGUGUAGGUUGGGUUUUGUCAGAAAUUGAUAAGCUCAACUUGAACAAACAGUGUCAGCUGGGAGUACUGCCUCUGGGCACGGGAAACGACCUUGCCCGCGUUCUCGGCUGGGGAGGCUCCUAUGAUGACGACACCCAACUUCCUCAGAUACUUGAGAAGCUGGAACGAGCCAGUACCAAAAUGUUGGACAGGUGGAGUAUUAUGACCUAUGAACUCAAAUUGCCGCCAAAAGCUUCUCUACUUCCCGAACCUCCAGAGGCGUCUGAAGAAUUUUAUAUGACAAUUUAUGAAGACUCAGUUGCAGCUCAUCUUACAAAAAUCCUCAAUUCUGAUGAACAUGCAGUGGUCAUAUCUUCUACCAAGAUACUUUGUGAGACUGUAAAGGACUUCGUUGCCAAAGUAGAGAAGGCACAUGAAAAAACGCUGGAAAAAGCUGUUGCAGCCGAUGCCGUGGCCAAUAAAUGUUCCAUCCUAAAUGAGAAGCUUGAACAACUGCUCCAGGCUUUGCACACAGAGCCCCAGACAGGUCCAGUUCUCCCAGGCAUCAGCCCUCUCAUGGUAGAAGAAGAUGCUGUGGAAUCUUCCAGCGAAGAAUCCUUGUGUGAGAGCAAGGAACAUCUCUUGGAUCACACUACAAAACCCUCUUCCCAGAAAGCUGCCAAACCAAGGGAGAUAAUGCUGCGGGCAAACAGUUUAAAGAAAGCAGUGAGGCAAGUCAUUGAGGAGGCCGGAAAAGUGAUGGAUGACCAGCCAGUUCGUUCCUCUGAACUAGUUAAUCAGUCGUUCGAUUAUGAUAGCACAGAAACAGAUGAUUCCAAAGAUGAAUUAAAAGAAGAUGAUGCGAAAGAGUCAUUAACUGUUAAAGGUGCACCUCGGUCUCCAGAUGGCCGGUCUGGUCGUUCCCAAACUGAUUCUGGCCCUGGUGCCCCUGUGGCCGCCAGCAAGGAAAACCUCCCUGUGCUCAAUACCAGAAUAAUUUGCCCAGGUUUAAGAGCAGGACUAGCUGCCUCAAUUGCUGGAAGUUCUAUUAUCAACAAAAUGUUGCUAGCAAAUAUUGACCCUUUUGGUGCAACGCCCUUUAUUGACCCAGAUCCAGAUUCAGUAGAUGGCUAUUCAGAAAAAUGUGUCAUGAACAAUUACUUUGGGAUUGGAUUAGAUGCAAAAAUUUCAUUAGAAUUUAAUAAUAAGAGAGAGGAGCACCCUGAAAAAUGCAGGAGCCGAACUAAAAACUUGAUGUGGUAUGGAGUCCUUGGAACUCGGGAAUUAUUACAAAGAUCAUACAAGAAUUUGGAACAGAGGGUUCAACUUGAAUGCGACGGGCAGUAUAUUCCUCUCCCCAGUCUGCAAGGAAUAGCGGUGCUGAACAUUCCCAGCUAUGCCGGAGGCACUAACUUUUGGGGUGGAACUAAAGAAGAUGAUAUAUUUGCUGCACCAUCAUUUGAUGACAAGAUCCUAGAAGUUGUUGCAAUAUUUGACAGCGUGCAAAUGGCUGUUUCAAGGGUCAUUAAACUGCAGCACCAUCGUAUCGCGCAGUGCCGUACAGUAAAAAUCACCAUAUUUGGUGACGAGGGGGUCCCAGUGCAGGUGGACGGAGAAGCAUGGGUUCAGCCUCCGGGGAUUAUCAAGAUCGUGCACAAGAACAGAGCUCAGAUGCUCACCAGGGACAGGGCCUUUGAAAGCACCCUGAAGUCUUGGGAAGAUAAGCAGAAGUGUGAUUCCUGUAAGCCAGUUCAUCGAACGAACUUCUUCAUCCAGCAGGCGGCGGACCUGGCCACGGAGGAAGUGUCUCAAAUGCAGCUGUGCUCGCAGGCGGCCGAGGAGCUCAUCACCAGGAUCUGUGAUGCGGCCACCAUCCACUGUCUCUUGGAGCAGGAGCUGGCCCACGCGGUGAACGCCUGCUCCCACGCCCUGAACAAAGCCAACCCGCGCUUCCCAGAGAGUCUUACAAGAGACACUGCCACUGAAAUAGCCAUCAAUGUGAAGGCCCUAUAUAAUGAAACAGAAUCUCUACUAGUGGGCAGGGUUCCUUUGCAAUUGGAAUCUCCACAUGAAGAGCGAGUAUCCAACGCCUUACAUUCUGUGGAAGUGGAGCUACAGAAGUUAACAGAAAUUCCGUGGCUUUAUUAUAUCUUACACCCAAAUGAGGAUGAGGAGCCCCCCAUGGAUUGCACCAAGAGAAACAGCAGAAGCACAGUAUUUCGUAUUGUGCCCAAAUUUAAAAAGGAGAAGGUUCAGAAGCAGAAGACAAGUUCACAGCCUGUUCAGAAAUGGGGCACAGAGGAAGUUGCUGCUUGGCUGGAUCUGCUCAAUUUGGGAGAGUACAGAGAAAUCUUCAUCCGUCAUGACAUCAGAGGGGCUGAACUCUUGCAUCUGGAAAGGCGAGAUCUUAAGGACCUGGGGAUACCGAAAGUGGGUCAUGUGAAGCGAAUUCUCCAGGGAAUUAAAGAGCUUGAAAGGCGCACCCUCCAGCCUGAGGUGUAAUCAUCCUGGUGCUAUUCCUUGGAAGGAAGGUCAUCGCUACUUAAUACAAAGUCCUUGGGAGCCAAUGGCUGUUCUUGUAGUUUUCUGCCUAGAUGAGUAAGCACCGCUAAGACACCUCUAUGGCUUAAUAUUUUGCUAUGGGUGAAAAUUUUGAUUUGAAGUAUUAGAAAAUAUUUUUGUGCCAAAAAAAUACAUUCCACGAAGCCAUUUUCUUAUUGUGCAAACCUGACAUGUUCAAAUAUGCUCAUAUUAGUAAAAAGGUAGGAGGAAUCGGAGACAACUGCAUUGUCCAAGAGGUGGAACUGCAGAAUGUUUACUUUCCUUUAAUCUGGUCAGGUGGGAUUUUCUUAUCGCACAACCGCAUGAAAAUAUGUGACUGAAACUUACUGGGUUUCACUGUUAGAGGCAUUGGCUUCUUUCCUCAAAUCACUGGCUAGAAGACUAAGAUGUCAGUUAAGUGGUGUUUUGAAUUGGUGUCAUUUCAGAUUUCUAGCUCUCAGUGGUCAGAGAAUAUGGUUAAAAUCCCUCAAACACUAUGAAUGAAUGCAAAUCUUAAUGCACGAUGUUGCUGCCUGAAUUGUUUUUUUGUUUCUUGCAUGUCACAUUUAAUAUGUAACACUUAGCUUUAAUGUCAGUUUUAAUGGAAUUUAAUUUAUUAUUACCUAAGUACCUUUUGGUUGGCUAAAGGCACUUUUCUGUUCUUUGAUGUGGAAUUUUGCAUAUUCUAUAUCUAAGAAUCUGUGAACAUGUGUCUGGGCCCCAAUCAACAAAUGAUAUAUAUCUUAUGCAAGCCAAUUUUAUAUCAGUCUGUCAUAAACAGCAGGUGUGCACAUUAAGAAAAUUCUCUGUAUAUUUUCAUAAAAUUAUAUGUUCUGUUGUCUUAAGAUAACUUAGUAUAGCUCUCCAAACCAAAAUUCUCACACUCUGUUUUUCAUUUCAAUUUAAUAUUUAUUUAAUACUGUGUUUGCAUCUAUAAUAUAGCAGACUGUUGACAACCAGGAAUUUCCCCAGUGUCUCAAACUAGGAUCAGUAUACUGACUGGCCGCCAGAGUCAUUCGUUUGCUAAAGAGACAACUGACCGAAACUUCCCAAUGAAAGAGAUUUAAACUUUUUCUUAAGGGCUUUCCAUUAUUAUAUCUCACUUAAUUCUUAUAUCCUGUCAGGCAGAUAUUAUUUCCUUUUUAUAAACCACUGUACUUCAGUGUAGUGCAUGAGAAGUUAACAUUUCUGUGAUCAAAAUCUUUGAAAGCCAAAGGCAUACCUAUCAAAAAGUCAGAAAAAUGUCCUCAAAUAAAUUUACUUUAGACAUCAUAUACUAAAAAAUUCAUUAUAGUAUUUAGAAAUCUUCUAUAUGAGAGAAUUAAACAGGAUACUGACCCAGUGGUGACAGUUUUCGUAAAGUAGCCUUCUAGGAAGGUGCUCAAAAGAUAUACAUAUACACAUAAAUAUAUAGACACAUAUAUAUGUACACAUACACGUAUACAUUUAUAUGUACAUUCACACUUGCAUACGUGUAAUCUAAAAUAUACUUUCAUUGAUAUUUUCUAGGCUUUUUUGCCAAAUGCUUAAAGAGAGAUAUUGAUGGGAAAACAUUUAAAAUGAGCUAUUGUCAGACAUAUAAUUUAAUUGUAUCAAAAGGGUUUACAUAUUUGACACUUUAUUCUUAUUUAUGAUUAGAGUAUUUACUAGUAAAAGUCACAGUUUGGAUAUCUUAAAAAUAAAUGAACUCAGGCUUCUGACCAAAUGUGUCUGACUAUAUAUUUUACCUAAGUUGUGAAUAAAUGGGAAAUUUUCCACAUUGUAUCAGGUAGCUUAAAAGAGCCAAGAGCUACUCACUUAGUAAUUUUAACAUUAUCCACACUUACGAAAUCAAAAGUCAUUUCCAGUUCCUUUUAGAGUCAUCCACACUGGAAAGUGUCCUCAGUCACUUCCCUGUGAAAUCAGGCAGUCCAGAUUCUCUGAACUCUGCUUAGAUCAGAAAUCCUUGUCCACACACACACAAAGAAAGGAAAAGUGGAGACAAGAAGGCAAGAAAUCCUAGAAAAGAAUGAAUUAAUAUAAAAAACCUUUAUUGAUUUUUCACUCUCCCCAAAUUCUUCUUUGCCAAUAGAAAAGAUUCUCAGGUUAUCUCUUGUUCAGAGUUUAAGAGUAAGAUGUUAAUGACUGAAUUUUUUAUUUGAUGUUGCUCUUUCAUCCUCACCCUGGAGAAGCGAAUGGCAACCCACUCCAGUGAGGGCAUGGCAACCCACUCCAGUAUUCUUGCCUGGAGAAUCCCAUGGACAGAGGAGCCUGGCGGGCUAUAGUCCAUGUCCAUGGAGUCGCAAAGAGUCGGACACAACUAAAGUGACUGAGCAUGCAGGCAUUUGAAUGAACAUUCAGAAUCUUGAAUCCUCCAAAUCUCACAUACUUCCAGCUCUUGGUUUCAAAGUGUAUGUUCUUAACAGGUUUGCAUUUGACUCUGGGCUGCUUUAGUCAGAGUACCCAUAAGCGAUUAUGGUUUGUCAGUUUGUUUCUGUCAGUUAAGUCAGUGAGAUUCUAAUUGAGUCUUGAAUUAUUUCUGUUUUCGAAAUAUUCUCUAUUCAACUUUUUAAAAACCAAAAAUUUGAAACCUAAUAGCACAACAGAUACCACACAGAAUAAAAAUCACAUUUUCAAGAAAAAUGUCACAUAUAAAGAAAUCACUUUAAUAAGCCCUAAAUUCAACUGCCAUAUUGCUUUACAGUAUAAGAGGUAGAUGAAUUGUAAACUGUUUAAGAAAUGUAGAAAAUUAAGAAUUUAACUCAAAAGAGUUUUAUAUUAAUUUUACUGUUGCACAAUCAAUUAUUGAAGGCAGGAAAGAAGAAAAUAUAUGAGAAACAUUCUAUGGAAAUUAAAGGAUAAAGGAGCUUGGUAAUUUGGGAGAGUUUUGGAAAUGAGUGUGAAUGUAGAUCUCUUUCAGCUUAAAUUAUAGAAAUGCAAAGCAGGUGUGAGAUAUAUGGUGGACAUGAAACAAGAAGAAUAUAAAAAUGUCACACUGGUGAAGUUUGGAAUUGUACCUUUACUCUUUUCAAAAUUACCAGUGAGUUUAAGGAGCCCAUUCUACUGUUGAAGCUUGGAAGUCAGUUAAAAGGUAUUGGUUGGCCAGAAAGCUCAUUCGGGAUUUGCCAUAACAUUUUAUAGCUAUGAUAUAGUUGGAUAACCUGAUCAUUUGUGUGCAUUACAUGAGGCAAAAUAAACCCCAAAAUAUAUACAGCCUUCCUAGACAAUAAUCCCUGGACUUCCCUGGUGGCUCAGAUGGUAAAGCGUCUCCCUACAAUGAGGGAGACCAGGGUUCGAUCCCUGGGUCAGGAAGAUCCCCUUGGAGAAGGAAAUGCCAACCCACUCCAGUACUCUUGCCUGGAAAAUCCCACAGAUGGAGGAGCCUGGUAGGCUACAGUCCAUGGGGUCGCAAAGAGUCGGACUUGACUGAGCGACUUCACUUUUUUCAAGUAGUGAGUGAUAGAGAGAGAACUGGUCAGUAGGGCUUAGCAACUUCCCAAAGAAGAGCUAUCUAGUAAAGGUAGAUCAGACCAGACCACACAGAGUAAAGAGAUGCUUAUGAACCUUCUCAGCCUUGAAAUUUGUUAGCAAGGAUGGAUUUUUCUUUGAUUUGAAACAAAAAGUAUUCAAAUUUAUAGUAUUCCUAGUAGCUGAAUCCUGUGAUGCUAGAUGUGGGAAUAGAGUUAGGUUCAUUGGAUUCCAAAAACUGACUUUGGCCCUGGCUCACUGUGUCUUUCUACGAGCUCUAUGUUUUGGUCCUUUGGCUUCUCUUAUUAGAAAUGGUCCACGAUAUUUUCAGUUAUAAGUACCAGGUAAUUUUUCUUUUACAAGAGGAACUAUGUAAGUGUGAAUCAUACUUAAACAUACCUCUUUUCCCACUGUCGUUAGAUAUAAAGGAUUCCCAGACUAUAGCAUGAAAAUUAAAAGUCCGAGUUAAUAUCCUUCAAUGUUCAUUUUAAAAAUGAGAGUGAAGUUACAUUAGCACUGUCUUGCCCAGAAUAGGUUAUAGGUAUUUUCAUCUAUGUAGUAUAGAUUUAUAUAUUCAUUUAGGAUAGGCUAAAAUCUUACUUCUAAAGUCUUCAGAAAUUUAGAGUAAUUUUUUUACACUCACCCCAGACAAAUAUUUUAUUAAUACAUAUAUAAUGCAUAUUAUAUAAUAUAGCUGAGUUCUGUGAUUCUGUUUUAUAUAUAUAUAUAUAUAUAUAUAACUAAGACCUGCACAUCUUUUCAUAGCUUAAAUCCCCAAAGAGGAAAUGUCUCUUUAAAUCAGUGUUGAAAAAAAGGAACACUGGACUCCUCCCUUACCAUAUUUUACUCUGUGAUGUCACUUACCCAGUGAAUUCUGAAUGGUUUCCUUGCUAUUUGAUCUGAAGCAUACAUCACUGUCUUCUCUAGCUAUGGAGUGGUACUCUCUCUUGCAAAGUACCUUUAAAACUUCCGGUAAAGAAAUUAAGCUAGAGAUUGUCUUACUCAUUACCAUAAUGAAAAUCUGAGUACAAUUAAAGGAAAGAAAUUAGAAUAACCCAGUUAAAAUUAUCAAAUAUAGAUGAGGGUAAAUGAAUAUUGACUUUAUUUUUCCCUGACCCUUGAAUUCAGUCACUCUGACCACUUGACUCAAAAAGUUCUUUGCUAGAUAUGCUAUUUAUAGUAGUAUAAUAUGAUACAUUGGCGCUCCUGCGGCAUCCCUCUCCCCUAAAAAUGUUGGGAUUUUAGGAGGCUGUAAGCUGCAUGACAUCAAGGAAAAGAGUGAAUCAGAACUCAUUCACCUGUGUUCUGAUCUAUCUUAAUGGCUUCUCUGGCAGCUCAGUGGUAAAGAAUCCACCUGCCAUUGCAGGAGAUGCAGGUUCAAUCCCUGGGUCAGGAAGAUCCCUUGGAGAAGGAAAUAGCAACCCACUCCAAUAUUCCUGCCUGGGAAAUCCCAUGAACAAAGGAGCCUUGCAGGCUACAGUCCUUGGGGUCACAAAGAGUUGGACACGACUUAGCGACUCAACAAUAACAACUAUGGCACAACUUAGCUUUCAUAAUAACAGAUCUCUAAAUGAUGAUUCCCAAAUGAUUUGGUACAGUGAUGGGAAUAAGUUAUUUUUCUGGGAAUUUGCUUCCCACAAUGACCUGAUAUACAGUUGAUCUUAGUAUAACUUAAAUUAAUUAUAAUUUUAAUUAGAACCUUCCCUGUUUACAGAUUUCUGUUGUGCAGCAAUUUUUUUAUAUACGUAAUGAUGAGGAUGAAAGCAUUGCAAACUCAAGCAGUUCUUUUGUUUCCUCGCCUCCUUUUACUUGAAAAGCUUUCAGAAAGCUUUUGAGAGGUGACACAGUUCUCAUAGCAACAUUAUGUGAUCAUGUUCUUCUGCCAAGAAACUCCUAAGCUAAAAUAUGGAACAAAACACAAGCCUAAGCUAAUCUUGGUUUUGAAUUGUGUAAACCGAAGCAUUUUCUAUAUCAAAGUUUUUUUUUAGUAUUUAUACAGUUGCAUAUUUUAUUUUUUGUCCAUCUCAAAAAUUGAAUUGGCAUUUUAUGUUCUAUUUCUAAUUAGUUGCAGAAAAGCAAAGUGAUAAUUCCAUUCAGACCUUUAUCACCACAACCCUUCAUUAUUCUUCUCUCUUGUGCCUUUGCUGUAGUUUUUCAGUAACCAGUUUUCCCACCUCAUUCUCCCCUACCGCUCAUCCAACUUCCACUAGACUGACAGAGUGGUCUUUUUAAAACACAGAUUUCUUUUGUCAUGACUCAGCUGAAAAAAAUCUUAACUAGACUCUCCCUCUUUACAGCACAGCAACCCACCUCCGUAGCGUGAUGGAUAAGGAUCUCCAUGACCUCGUCACACCAUUUUUAGCAUCGUCGCCUACCAUUUCCACUAGAGACCUUUUGUAACCCAGGAAUUUGGAGCUACUCACAGUUCAGUGCUUUGGCAUAAUCACUUGCUGGAGAUUAACUCAUUUAAGAUUCAGUUCAGAUUUUACCUUCUGUGACACUCUGCCUAACUACCCAGAGGGUUAAGUAUUUCAUCCAUGCUCCAUAGUCUCUUGAAAUUUAUUCUAUAAAAUUAUUUCAAUAAUUAUUGAAUAUGUAUGAAUAUAUGAAAGAAAAGUUAAAGUGUUAGUCACUCAUUCGUGUCCGACUCUUUGUGAGCCCAUGGAUUGUAGACCAUGAGGCUCCUCUGUCUGUGGAAUUCUCCAGGCAAGAAUACUGGAGUGGGUAACCAUGUCCUUCUCCAGGGGCUUUUUCCGACCCAGGGAUUGAACUUGGGUCUCCCACAUUGCAGGCAGAUUCUUUACUCUGAGCCAUCCGGGAAGCCCCCAUAUAUGAUAUAUAUAUAUAUAUCACAUUUCAGCAAUUCUAUGUAUAUAUCUGCUUGUCAACAACUGGAUUUCUCUAUCUUCGUAGUUUCAGUGUCUAGCGAGCCCAUGGUAGGAUUUUAAUAAAUGUUUUUGAAAUGGUGAAGGUAAUACAGAGCCCAGACUUCUCUGUGUUUUUGCACUUAACACAUAAACUUUUCUGAGAGUCCAUAAGAGGUGGGUGUGUGUUCAGAAGCAUGCAGGAACUCUAGGAGAAUCAACAGAAGAGAAACAUCAGGAAAGAACAGUUGAUUUAUGAAGGAUAAUCAUUUGUUAGCUACUCAUGAGAAAUAUUUACCAAAUUUGAAUUCUUGUUUCUUAAAGUUGAGGCUUAGAAAAUUUUCAUGUAACUGCAGAGUUCUUAUUUGUAAUUCAUAGAUAUGCCUUAAAGAUGAUCUUUCUCGUUGGCAGGUGUUCUGUAUUCAGUGUAUACAGUCUACAUAGAUAAAUAUACUAAUGACCUACACAAAACAAUGACACUUGAGAAAGAAUUAAAAAAAAACGCAAAGGUAAAAUUUUCUGAAAAAUAGUUUUCAACCAGAGACAGAGAAUGAUUUGUGCAGUUUCAGGUCAUUUUUCAGGUCAUUUAUAGUUAAUGAUUAUUUCAUUUUUUAUUAUGUAAAUGUAAGAAGGCUUCUUUGCCGCUGUUGGUGACUCAGAUGGUAAAGAAUCUGCCUGCAGUGCGGGAAACCAGGAUUUGAUCCCUGGAUUGGGAAGAUCCCCUGGAGAAGGUAGUGGCUACACACUCCAGUAUUCUUGCCUGGAGAAUUCCAUGGACAGAGGAGCCUGGCAGGCUACAGUCCAUGGGGUUGCAAAGAGUCAGACAUGACUGAGCAACUCACACACACACACGGAACAUAAAGACUAAAAACUAUUACCUAAGGGACUGUUUUUAUUUUGUGAUUCUAUAAAGCCUUUCUACCAUGUCUCCAAAUUAUGAUAAAGGUUGACACAAAAAAUCCUUUAAAGUCAAUUUUUAAAAUUAAAUACGUCCAAAAUUUGCAUAUAAUUAAAUUAAAUGACUUCUUACUUCACUCAGUAGGAUUUUUUCUACCUGGUCUACAUUUGACCUUUGAUUCAUGCUGGCGAUGCAAAUAAAAUAAGACCGCUCUUAUCUAAUAGAGUUCAAGUUCAUGUUCAUGAUUAUUUUUCUAGUCUGUUUAAGAAAUUGUGAGGACAUGUUUUUAAGGCAAAUAUUACUUCUCAGGGUUUUCAAGAGAAGUCAUCACCUUCCACCUAAAAAACUAACAGUUCUGUGUCAUAAAGGACUAAUCUUGUUUUUAUGUCCACAAUUUUUGUAUUUUCAGGUCAACUGCAAAUAAUUUUUGACCAUCACUUGUCAAGUACAUCUUUCACCAAUUCUAUAAAACCCCAUUUCCACAACUAUAGGUGCUGUACAUUAUUCAAAUGACUAAUGAGUUUAUAGAACACAAGUUCAACUUUAAGUCCAUUUGAGGAAGGCAUAUAUCCUUAUUAAUGACAGUUACUCCAAAAUAUAUGAAAUAUCCAUUGGGAAUUCACAGUAAAAGGAAAAAGUUAUAAAAUAAUGCUUUGCAAUGUACUUCAAAGGCUCCAUUUGUGGUUAUGGGUUGAUGUUUCCACCACUUUUAUUUUUAAUGGGGAAAAAGGAGUUGUAAUACUAACAGCUAGCAUACUUAUCUAAGCAUAUAGUAAAUCCACUAUUAGUAUUUAUGUGCCAUAAUGCACUGAUAUAUAGAUGAAAUAAAAAUAUUUGAGUUGCAAAAAAUUAACUUCUCUGAAUAUUUAUUAAUGGUUAGACAAUUGGAUUCCUUUAUAAGAAGGAAAAAAUAUUGUAAGUAUGAGAAAAACCUUACUUGAAUGUAUACUUACAUUUUGAUAGGCAUAUUUUGAAGUCACCAUUUCCCAUCAGUAUAAAGUAUCAACCAUUUCUACGUUCUCUAGCAAAAAGAAAUUCUUAGUUUGAUAGAACUUAACUCUUUGUUCCACGUUGUGAAAGGCCCGCAAACAAAGGAGGCUCAGAAGACUGGACACUUGACCGUUACACUCAGCAUCUUCAUCCUACCUUUCAAUAACGAGAAUCAGUAAUGAUUUGCCUCUUAUUUAUCAUCACAUUGAAUAUCUAACAGCGUAGUUCCUUUCGUCCCUUGCAUUGAAGAAGAUAGUUGUACUCUAGCCUUUGCCAUAUUACUUAUAGCUAAUAAUUUACUACAUUUUUGUAGUCUGUUUUGAAACUUUUAUCUGAAAGAUGGAGAUCCUAUCUAUUUAUUAUACAGUGGGCUCUGUUUGCUGCAGAAAAGAGUGAAACUUUAAAUUGCUUAGCACACUUGCCAGUGAAAUAUACCUGACAGAGCAGAGGUUAUAACUUUAGCUCUAAUAACUUUUAAUAAUGGUAAGAAAACGUGAGUUUUGUUUGUUUACAUGCUGUUUACAAUGGCAUAAUUUUUUAAAUAUAUACAACAAUUGAGAUAUUUAUUGCAUACUAUUUUAAAGAUGUUUUAUGUGUUUUCACCUUUGGAAUAUAUUAUUACAGUUCCUUAUACUGAUAAUUUGGGUGGCUUUGUUAAUGUAGCUAGUAACUUUUAUGACUACUAAGUGACCGGGUUUCCGUGCCUUUCAUUGUGGGAUGCAUGAUUAUGUAUUUAUUGUAUGGAAGUCACUGAUGCGUGUAUUUUUGUACUUUGCCGAGAGUAAUGGUUGAUCUCGAUGUAUCUAAUGAUGAGAGAUGCCUUUCCCAAAGGGCACUGCCUUGAGAUUGUCCUUCUCAAAUAAAAAGAAUGCAUUUGGAGUGUG